AUGCCUUGGCUGACAGAAAGCCUGGCUGAGUUCUGCUCAUGUUCUUGGGAACAGAAACGGCAGCAUGCUAGCCGUUUGGCGAAGAGAAGGGCAGAAAGUUUCAACCCCUCUCAAUUGCGAUUGGCGCCUAAUGGUUCCUGUACCUACCCAAGGUGCCAUUUUGGCAAGGCCAUAUACUUUGGGAACGACUUGCAGAACCUCUCGCUGGCGCGUUGGAUUCAAAUCAACCUGCUGACACUGGUGGAAGUACUUCAGACCACUCUUUACUAUGGACUGUGGAGGUCAAACAAAGCCAAACUGAUAAUAUCUCCUUGGCAAGGUGACAAGCAUGCAUUGCAGACGGCCGUACCCGAGGCUGUGUUAGAGUACUUCUCUGGCGCUGACCAGGAUAUCGCAGAGGUAAGAAUUGUUAUGGGUCUAGGAAUCACCAGCAGAGUCUCUCAUCGUUUCGAUAGAAGGCCGGUGGAGGACAUUAGUCUUGCGGGUGAAAGCACGAGGGGAUUCCACAGAACCUUUGGUGCAGUCGGACGGCGGAAGCGAGGCGCGGGGCAUUGGGACUACAUGCUGACUUGGCAGUUUCUGCUCUCGUUUCUAGAAAGCCUAGCUGACGUUACACAUGCAUUGGUGGUAACCUAG